UGUUAGCUCUGUCGUCAAAGACGGAUCUUGAUCAUGGCUUGAUGGAUGAUGAUGGGUGAUCAGCUUAUCAGCUGGAAAGUCGGCUACUUCGCAAAAGUUUCUUGAGUGAUAGUUUUGUUUUCAGGAUACCAUGGAAAACCGAGUAGCUUUGACUGUUGCUUUUGCUCUUGUAGCAGUUGCAGUCCGCUGGGCUGUUUCGUUAAAUCAAUAUUCAGGUGCAAACAAGCCACCCAUGUAUGGGGAUUAUGAAGCCCAAAGGCAUUGGAUGGAAAUCACAACAAAUCUACCUGCCAAGGAAUGGUAUAGGAAUAGCACCACGAAUGACCUACAGUACUGGGGUUUGGACUAUCCUCCUCUGACUGCUUAUCACAGCUGGCUAUGUGGGAUUGUGGCAUAUAAGAUAAACCCAGAAUGGACAGAGUUGAAUUCUUCAAGAGGAUAUGAAAGCUACAAUCAUAAACUUUUUAUGAGGUACACAGUUUUAGCAGUGGAUCUCUUGUUAUACAUACCAGCCGUCUUAGCGUUUUGUUUCAUAGCUCUACCUCAGAGGUCCGAGUCCAACCAGUUGAAGAUAGCCGCUAUUUUCCUUUUGUACCCUGGACUGAUAGUGAUUGACCAUGGUCAUUUCCAAUACAACAAUGCAAGCUUGGGCUUUGCUUUGUGGGCUAUAGUUGCAAUUUCAACCAACCAUGACCUCUUGGGGUCGAUGGCCUUCGUCUUGGCCCUGAACUACAAACAGAUGGAACUCUACCAUGCCAUGCCAUUCUUCUGCUGUCUUCUCUCAACAUGUAUAUGGGAAACACGACUUCCACUCCUGUACCGAUUCUGGAAACUGGUGCAGAUUGCGGCGGUGGUGCUCGGUACAUUCGCAGUUUGUUGGUUACCGUUCCUGUUUGACGUCAACGUCUUGGUGCAGGUGUUACAGAGACUCUUCCCAGUCAACAGGGGCUUAUUUGAGGACAAAGUGGCCAAUGUGUGGUGCAGUGUCAAUGUCGUCUUCAAGAUACGCAACAUCAUGUCCCAGGAGUCCUUGGUCAAGCUCUGCCUUCUUACCACAGGAGUCGGCUUGAUGCCGUUAUCCGUUGACCUUCUCAGGGCCGGGACGAAAACAGCAAAUAGUGUUUUAAAAUUCCAGUAUGCUUUGGUUAACAGCGCCUUGGUCUUCUUCUUGUUUUCUUAUCAAGUUCAUGAGAAAAGCAUUUUGCUGGUAGCAUUGCCUGUGUGUUGUCUUCUGGACCGACAUCCUUUGCUUUGUUCCUGGUUUUUACUAAUUUCAACAUUCAGUAUGUUACCCCUUCUCAUCAAAGACCAACUAUUUCUGCCGUACUUUAUCUUAUGCCUGAUGUUCCUAAUCGUCGCUAGAACAGCUUUUGAAGAGAAGUCCUUCAAUUAUAGGACUCUGUUUUGGUUAUCGAUGACUGGAGCCGUAGCCCUCAGCUUAGCGAGCGUCACCGUCAAACCACCGGACAGAUUCCCUGAUCUAUUUGCCGUCCUCGUCUCCAUCUACGCCUGCGCACAUUUCGUGCCAUUCCUUCUCGUGUUCCACCUCUUGCAGUUCACAACGCCAGCUGACAAAGUCACCUUUGGGAACACCUCGAAAACAAAUGCUGCAGCAGGACACAAUCAGAGGCUGCAUGGAACCGGGAAGAAGGGCAAACAGACUCGAAAACCACAUGUGGAAUGAUUACAAGUGCACAUGUUUACAACUUAGAAUGAAAUUAAUAUGGUGCUAAAAUUAUGCGUUAAGGGCAGGCUUAACAGUAAUUACACUUUUGUUCCCUUGAGUUUUAUACAGCAUCGUAUGCAACUCCCUUUGACUGAGAUUAAUACAUGCAACUACUGUCUGCCGUUUAAGGGUUUUAAAAGGCACUGGACACUAUUGGUAAUUACUCAAAAUAAUUAUAGCAUCAAAACUCACUUGGUAACGAACAGUGUAGAGCUGUUGAUAGUAAAAACAUUGUGAGAAGCGGCUCUGAGAAAGAGGUAAUUAAUUCUUACUCGAUUAUUAAACAAUUUUAGGCCUGAUGCCUUUUUUAGGCAUCGCAAAGCACACAAAUUUGUGCAACAAGGGUGUUUUUCUUUCAUUAUUUUCUUGCAACUUCGAUACCAUAAAAUGUUGGUAUACACCAAGUGAGAUUACUGGUCUUUAACAAUUUGUGUCCAUUCCCUAUUAAGUUGCAUGUAACUGCGUUUAUCAAGUUGCAUGUAACUGCAUUGCCUUGUGCUCUUCAUAGUAACACAUAGAAUAACUAAGGGUCGAGUGGCAUGUGCUCCUGCCCCAAAACUCUCCUCCGCUGGUGUUCGUGAACACUUAGUUGUCUUUACAUUUGAAACUUGGACCAGGGGUGGAUUUCACAAGUGUAGUCCUAACUUGGGACUAGUCCUAAGUUAUGCUAAGAGAUAUGACUGGUCCUGGACCAGUAACUCGUUCUAACUUAGGACUGGUUCUAUCUCUUAGCAUUGCCUAGAACUAGUCCUAAGUUAGGACUUCCUUUGUGAAAUCCACCCCUUGUCAGAUUAAGAAAUUAUUUGAAUAAAAUACAACACUUUAUGUAGUAAAUUCAAUGAUUUUAAACUAAUUAUUUAACAUGCAGACAUUUUUUUAUUAUUUUUUUUUUACCUCUACAUGUAUGUCAGAUCGUCUUGUAAACAGCAUAACGAGAACUGAAAGGGUCUUGUUUUAAAAUGAUGGAAAUGGAGUUUACAGAUCCACUUGGCUAGAUGUGCCUGUGCAGUUGACCCCUUUGUACCCCCUCAAAUUUUACCUUCAUGUUGUCACUGGGAAUCAAUCUUAUACUCCCAGAAAAUUGUGCAAUCAAGAUUGAUUGUAGUUUUUAUGGUAUUAUGUUUAAGAGGUCAACAGUCUUGGGAGUAUCACUGAAUUGGAUAUAGCCAUCAAUUUACCAAUCAUUUAUUGUAUAUUGUUAAUUAUUAUUUUAGUUUAACACUGAUGCUGACCUUACUUGUGACCUCAACAUGCAUGUUGAAUGAUUUUUUUUACAUUCAAAUUAAACUACACACAGUGUGGACAAUUGA